AUGACAACCGCUGAGAGCACUACACGUGCACCUAUUGUGGCGGAUGGGAUAGCGUAUUGGGAGAAACAGCCCGCGACUGUCGACGGUGUUCUUGGCGGCUAUGGUACCGGUUCCCUACCACGCAUCGAAACACUUGGAUCACGCCAGUUUCUCCUGCAUCUUCGCCCAGACCUCUCCACCGUCCCUUCAGCUUUACGACCGCUCAAACCAUCGCCCAAAACACGACGCGUGCGCGCACUGGAUGUGGGCGCUGGAGUUGGUCGCGUGACUGCAGACACAUUGCUACAUCUCGUAGACGAUGUGGUGCUAGUCGAGCCAGUCGAGAAGCUACUCGACGUAGCGAGACAGAACGCGCCAGGUUUCAAGGGCAUAGCGUCGGGCACGAAGAGCGUAACGAUCAUGCGCGGAACACUCCAAGACUUCGACCUCGCUCAUCCAACUGCACAUGCUACCGUACUCGAGCGCUUUGGUCACAAGGGCGAGGAAGACGACAUGGACAGCGGCUUCGACGUCGUAUGGUGUCAGUGGUGCCUCAUGUACAUGUCCGACGCCGAUCUCGUCGGCUUCUUUCAGCGCGCCAAGAAAGCGCUACGCGAUGAGAGGGGUCUUAUCAUCGUGAAGGAGAAUACGGGGAUCGAUGGGGUUGGAAAGGACGGACAGCCUGUCCCGCAUGUCUACUUCGACGAAGAUGAUUCAAGCGUCGCGCGAUCUGAUCUGGCAUUCAAGGAGUUGUUCAGGAAGGCGGGACUGACGCUCGUGGACGAACGGGUUCAGAAUGGUCUUCCGCAAGAACUGUACACGGUCAAGAUGUAUGCAGUACGAUAA